AUGGUGUUAACGGCAGCACGUCUUCGUGCUAUGGAGUCCAGAACGGGUUCAGUUGGUGACUGCUCCAAAAUAGCCAACUACCGAGCGAGUAAGCAGAAUCUGUUCAGGAGACGGUCAACUAGGAGACGAAUAUCGAAUGCUCAGCGAUUGGCCGAUCUGGAGGACUUCAUCAACAGAAGGUACCAGUAA